UAUUACGAUUGCUAUUACGACUGAUUAUAAUAAAAGUAUUCAAAAUUUUGUUUCAAAUAAUAAGAUAUAUAACAACUAAAAUGGUUGCAAAUAGUGCACCAAUGUUAAAAUUUUAUAACGGUAACGAAAUACCGGUAUUCGGACUUGGUACAUGGAAGUCCAAACCUGGAGAAGUGACUCAAUCAGUUAAAGAUGCAAUUGAUAUUGGAUAUAGACAUAUAGAUUGUGCUCAUGUAUAUGGCAAUGAGAAAGAAGUGGGUAUUGCUAUUAAAGAAAAAAUUGCUCAAAAUGUUGUAAAAAGACAAGAUCUUUUCAUCACAAGCAAAUUAUGGAAUACUUUCCAUAGACCAGAUUUGGUUGAACCUGCUAUCAAAACAUCUUUGUCAGAUUUAGGUCUUGACUAUUUAGAUCUUUAUCUAAUUCAUUGGCCAGUAGCAUUCAAGGAAGGAGAUAAUCUUUUUCCACAAAAUCCUGAUGGUUCUACUACUUUUAGCGAUGCAGAUUAUGUAGAUACAUGGAAAGCUAUGGAAUCUUUAGUAACUAAAGGACUUACUAAAAAUAUUGGUAUUAGUAAUUUCAAUUCUGAACAAGUAGAAAGAAUUCUUAAAAGCUGCACUAUCAAGCCAGUUACAAAUCAAAUUGAAUGUCACCCAUAUCUUACUCAAAAGAAGCUUUCUAAAUUUUGUAAAGAUAGAGAUAUUCUUAUUACUGCAUAUAGUCCCCUUGGAUCACCUGAUAGACCAUGGGCUAAACCAGAUGACCCAAAAUUAUUAGAUGAUAAAAAAUUGAGUGAAGUUGCAAAGAAAUAUGAUAAAACACCUGCUCAAAUUCUUAUAAGAUAUCAGUUGGAUCGUGGUCAUAUAGUUAUUCCUAAAUCAGUUACAAGAUCAAGAAUUGCUGAAAAUGUUGAAGUUUUUGAUUUUAAACUUUCCCCUGAAGAUAUUGAAUAUAUUGAUAGUUUUGACUGUAAUGGUAGAAUUUGUCCACUAAUAGGUUCGGAGGCUAGCCCUCAUUAUCCAUUCCACAUUCCAUUCUAAGUAAUAAGUUAUAUAAUUCUAAGUAAUAAUAUAUAUCUAACAUUUACAAUAUCUUUUUUCUGUAAGUUUUCUACAUGAAAAUCAUAUAAAAUAAACUAUAUUCUAAUAA